AAUUACAUUCUUCUUCUAACUUCAGUUCUUUGGAAAAAAUAACCAAAAAAGGAUAUUUUUUCGCAAUUUGAUUUGAAAUGGCCAGCGCCUCAAUAAUCUCCGACUUUGAGGAUAAAUCAGCAAAAGGAAAAUUGCCUGACCUAUUCAAAUUAGUGGAUCAGGAGAAAAGAAAUUUGGUUCAACUCUUAAAAGAUGCUGUGUCAAUACCGUCAAUAGCUCACGAAGAGAAACAUUUCUCUGAUAUACUCGAAAUGCUAAAUUUCUGCAAGAAGGAACUAACGUCUCUGGGAGCAAAAGUGCAAGUAAUUAACGUUAAUCAAGAGACAGAAAAAUCGCCACCUGUUUUAUUUGCAACUUUAAUUGCCGAUGAACUCGUAAUUAACAAAACAAUCUGUGUCUACGGAUCCGUUGACAUGCCACCUUUAACUAAAUCGAAACAAGAGAAAAAUUCCUUUCAAUUAAUUGAGAAAAAUGAGAGACUUCACGGUUAUGGAGUCACACAAAAUAAAGGACCUCUAACAUGCUGGCUAAAUGCUUUAAAAGUAUAUAAAAAAGCCAAAAAUAGAAUUCCGAUCAAUAUUAAAUUUGUCAUUGAAGGUACCGCAGAAUCACAUAGUUCAAGUUUAAAGCGGGCAAUUCAAUUGAAACCCGAUUUUUUCAACGAUAUCGCCUAUUAUUGUCUCACUAUUGAUAAAAAAGUAAAUAACAUACCCUGUUUAAAAUAUGGAUUUCGUGGAACUUGUCAUUUUUCGUUGGAAAUAAAUUGUGGGGGAAAAAAUGUGCACACCGGAAGUUAUGGAGGUGCUUUUCAGCAACCACUUUUAAAUGCCGUGAAUGUCGUUGGAAGUUUAUUUGAUAAAAAUGGCAAAAUCUCUGUGACAAAAUUAGUCAAGGAAGUGGAGACCUUGUCCCUGGAGGAAGAAAAAUAUUGCAAGGAAUUUCCUUUUAAUGUUGAAAAAUUAAAGGAAGAAGUUGGAACGAAACGUUUAAAACAUAAGGAAAAAAGUAUCCGUUUACUGAUACAUAAAACCCGUCUCCCCACUAUUAGUGUUCAUAAUUUUAAUAUGUCCAUCAAUUCUGACGAUAUUCAUAAUUUAGCUUUCGCCUCUAACAAGGUCACUGUCAAUUUUUCCGUUCGAUUGGUUCCAAACCAAACGGCAGAAGAAACGUUUCAAAUUCUUGAAAAUCAUAUUAAACAAAUUUGGCAUGAGAAUGGAAACGUAAAUUUUUACAAUUUUAAAAUGAAUUUUGGAUAUGAUCCAUGGAAAGAAAAUCCUUCGAGUCCUCAUUACAGAGCUGCAGCUGAGGCUAUUAAAAUAGUCUAUAAAAGAAACCCUCUUUACGUCUGCGAAGGUUACACAUUGCCAGCUGUUUCGAUAAUAGCGGAGGAAUUUUUCGAAAGUGAUUUAAUUGUUAUUCCACUUACAUGUGUGGAAAAUGAUGUUCAAUCAAAUAUGGAAUCAAUUUCGAUUAUUGAUUAUAUUAACGGAAUAAAAUUGCUCAUCGCUUAUAUGUGUGAAAUUCACGAUAUGAAAUAGUCCCCUCAUCAAAGGGAGGUUCAAAUACAGAAAAUUAAAUUUUACUCUAAAAUGAAUGAAAUGAAUGAAACAAAAUUUAAUUACGAGUUUUGUCAAGAGUGAAUAGAUCUUACAAACGAGGAAGAUUAAUUU